AAAAAUAUUUCAACUUUUUAAUAACAAAGAAGAAUAAAAGAGAAAUUCAUAAAAGCACAAACGAAGAAGAUGAUGAAAACAUUUUACAUAAGAAUAAAACGAAUGUUAUUAUUAAGGAAGAUAAUUUAAAAAAAGAUUUUGUUGAGUGUAAAGAAAAGAAGGUAAAUAUAAAUAGAAAUGUGAAUAAUAAAAAAUAUAGUGACAAGACUACACAUAUAAAUAGUGUUAUGACCCUCCAAAAUAUUAUAUCAAAUAAUGAUAAUAAUAUCCAAAAUAAUAGUAAAAAAAAAAAAAAAAAAAAAAAAAAAAGUUAUAGUGUUGAAGGUACAAAAUUAUUAAAAAUCAAAGAAUAUAGAAAAGGAAAAUUUUUUAAAAUCCAUUUUUUUUUAAAUAGAAAAAAUAAAAAUAAUGACAAAAAGGAAAAUUCAUCUAAAAAUAUACAUGAUAAAACAGAUAUUUCUUUAGAAAAAAAUAUAAUAAAUUAUAAUAAAUAUGAUAUGCAAUUUUCAUUCGAAUCAGUUGCAAGUAACAAUAUUAAUAACAACACACAUUUUAAAAAAGAUAAAAAAAAAUUAAUUAAUUUAAAAAAAUAUAAUAACGCUCAUAGAAAUUUAUAUAAAAACAAUUAUACUAACGUAUUCUUAUGUAAGAAAAGCUUUUCUGACCAUGAAUAUAAAAACAAAAAUAUCAUAAAUAAUAAUUCCCCUUGUAAAUUGCAAAAGCAAAAUUAUGAUAGUAAAUCCAAACAAGGAAUAUAUAAAGCAAAUUAUCGUAAGUUCAGAGAUGGUUGUAGGCAAAAGUUCGAUCUAUAUAACAUACACAAUAGGAGAAAUGAUGUUGUUUUUUACGGGAAAGGACCUUUGAAAGAAAUAAAGAAGAGCAUGUUCGAAGAAAACAAAGAAAAUCCUUUUUAUAAAGACAAUAUGGCUAACUGCGCACUCAAUAAUAUUGAUCAUAAAAAUAUAAUGGAAAAUGAAUGUUUAUAUAAAUAUGAUGAAAAAGAAGAAAUAGAAAAAAAGAGAGUACGUAACUCUAUGUCCUUAUCAUAUGAAAGGAAAAAAAGAAUAAGACCUGAAAGUUUUAACUAUCUUAAGGUUAUAGGAGAAGGAUCAUAUGGAAAGGUAAUGCUAGUAAAACAUGUUCAAAAUAAAAAAUUAUAUGCAAUGAAAAUUUUAAGAAAAGAAAAUAUAUUAUCAAAAAAUCAACUAGAACAUACUAAAGUAGAAAGAAAUGUACUGAAAUGUGUUUCUCAUCCUUUCAUUGUAAAAAUGUAUUAUGCUUUUCAAACUAAGCAAAAAUUAUAUUUUAUAUUGGAAUAUUGUCCCGGUGGAGAACUAUUUUUUCAUCUAUCUAAAUUAAGAGAAUUUUCUGAAGAAACAGCAAAAUUCUAUUCUUCUGAAAUUAUAUUAGCACUUGAAUACUUACAUGAAUUAAAUAUUAUUUAUAGAGACCUAAAACCAGAAAAUGUAUUAUUAGAUGAAUUAGGACAUAUAAGAUUAACAGACUUUGGUUUAUCAAAAGAAGGUAUUACAGAAACCAAUUUAACUAAAUCAUUAUGUGGAACUCCAGAAUAUUUAGCUCCAGAAAUAAUUGAACAAACUGGACAUGGAAAAGCUGUUGACUGGUGGAGCUUAGGUAUUAUGUUAUAUGAAAUGUUGACAGGAGAAUUACCUUUUAAUAACUCAAACAGAAAUGUUCUAUUCGAAAGUAUUAAAUAUGAAAAACUAUCUUAUCCAAAAAAUUUAUCAUCAAAAGCUGUAGACUUAUUAACAAAAUUAUUUGAAAAAAAUCCAAAGAAAAGAUUAGGCUCAGGUGUAACCGAUGCACAAGAAAUUAAAAAACAUCCAUUCUUUAAAAAUAUUAAUUGGAAUGAUGUUCUAUAUAAAAAGAUCAAACCUCCUUUUAAACCAAAGUUAUUCAAUCAACUAGAUUUACAAAAUUUCGAUAAACAAUUCUUAAAUAUGCCUUUAAAAUAUUCAGAUCAGCAUGAAAAUAGUAAUAUUACAUUUGGAGAUCCAAAAAAUUUUGUUGUUCAGGAUUUUAAUUACAACUAUUAUGAACUCUCAGGUCAACAAAAAUGA